AGCAGCCAUCUUCAAGACACUUGACCCCAUCACCUUCUCCAAAAUUAAGCACCUCAAGACUGCCAUGGAGAUAUGGCAAGGUCUUGGGAAGCUAUGUGAGGGUUCAGAGGACUUGAGAAAGCAGAAGAUAGAAGUCCUGGUUGAGAAGUUCAAAAGCUUCAAAAUGCUUCCCGGAGAAUCAUUUGAUAUGCUGAAUGAAAGAUUCCACAAAAUCUUGAAUGAUCUUGCAUCACUUAACCACGGUCUUUCUCCCAAAGAGAAGAAUGUAAGAACCUAUGAGCACGAGCUGAAGAAGAAGAAGGAAGAACAAGUCACUCCCUUCCCCACGGCACUGAUGACAACUCCAAGAGUCCCAUCAAGUGAAGGGACAUGCCCCAGGAACUGUGACACACCCUCCUCCAGCCAGCCGUCAAGUUCAAAAAUGGAGAACUACGAUAAGGAAUUUGCCAUGAUGGUCAAGCAAUUCCGGAAGUUCAAAAAGUUCUUCAAGAAAGCUGAUUCAGUCAGAAGGCCAUCCAAGGGAAAGCCACAGGUAAGUGACUCCCCUCCUGAAUCUUAUUUGUGUUACAACUGCAGGAAGCCUGGCCACUGGAAGUCAGCGUGCCCGUACCCAAAAGUGGAGAAGUACGGAGAAAGAGAAAGGAUCGAGAAGAAGAAGAAGGCAAUGGUUGCUGCUGAAAGUGACGAGUCAUCCAGCUCAAGCUCGGAUGAAGAAGCUCUCGUCUGCAUGGAGCGCAGAGCUGAAAAGUCCAAUCAUGAGGAUAGGUGGACCAUGUCAGAAGAUGACACUCUCUGCCUAAUGGCCAAAUAUGAUGCUGAUCAAGAGGUAACCUCACAAACCUCCUGCUCAUCUUCUUAUGAAAGCAUACCAACUUCUGAAAAUCUUUUUGACCAGUUCAAAAAGAUGAUGAAAGACUUUGAGGAGAUAAAUCUCAAACAUUCUUCCUUAACAAAGGAGAACAAACUAUUGAGUGAAGAGAAUCUCAAAUUGACUGAAGGUCAGAAAAGUCAACUGAAUGAGAUCACUCAACUCAAGACUGAAAAUGAAUCUCUCUCUGAAAAGGUGAAAUCCCUUAACAAAGAACUAGGGACUCUUAAGUCAAAAGAGGCAGUGGAUAAGCUUCUUGAAACGACCAAACAUAAGGGUCGUGAAGGACUUGGGUUUGACUCCUCUUGCUCUAAAAAGAAAGGGAAAACAACUUUCAUCCCUCCUAAACCUACUGCUAAACCAAAUAAGCAGAAAGGGAAGGAAAAGGAAAAACCAAUAGAAGUUUCCAAAAAGGAGUUUUCCAAGAAAUUCUGAGUGGAGAACUAUGCCAAGAUAUAGUCACCCUCCACCUCAGAAGCUAUUUGUGCCACCUAAGUAUGCUUAUAACCGACACAGGACACACUAUGCACCACC